GGUCGCACUGCCUUCUCCUGGGCGGCAUCCUUUGACCUGGCGCAGGCGAAAACGGCUACUGAUCGCGAUCGUCCGGGUCAAUUGAUGCAAUUGCUUCUCGACCGUGGAGCCGAUCCUAACCUUGCGGACCUGCACGGCGAGACCGCUUUGCAUUGGGUCGUGAAGGCCGGUGACGAGCAGAUGGUGGAGCUUCUCCUGCAAAAGGGCGUGCUGUCAGAGGUGGCCGACCUGCGGGGCCGCACACCGUUGUCGCGGGCCGCCGAACGGGGCCAUGACCGGAUCGUCGCGCUCCUCCUUGACAAGGGUAAAGCAGACCCGGAUAGCAAAGAUGGGCGAGGGCGGACCGCGCUCUCCUGGGCGGCCGAGAAUUGGCAUCUCAAAGCCGCGAGCUUGUUGGUCGAUCGUGGAGCCAGUGGAGACAUUCAAGACCACGAGGGACAGAUCCCUCUGUGGUGGUUGGUUAGUAACACGGCCAGAAGAACCCAUGACAAAAGCCCGACGCACGUUCCUGGCAUGGGCAAGCGAGCGUGGUGAUCGAGAACUGGUCCACCAUCUCUUAAGAACCACAUGGGCAGACCCUAAUUCAAUUGAUCGUUAUCGCAAAACACCCCUCAUUUAUGCAUUGGAAUGGAGCCACUAUGAAGUGGCCGAUACGCUUAUGCUGGGCGUUGGGGAUGAUGUAGACCGAAAGAAGGACGUUGUGUCUUUGCCUGUGAUGAUUCAAGAAGGUCGUGCGCGACUACUGAAACCUUUCCUCGAACGGUACAAGCCCAGUCUAGAAGGAGAGGACGAGUACAGCUCAAUUCCCUUGAUGAGGAUGGCACUCCAGCAGGCCGAUAGACCCACCGUGGCUGCUCUCUUGGAGCACAAAGCUCGCAUCGACGAAUUGGAGAACGGGGACUGGUUCGGCCCUUGUAGUGAAGGGAAACCGACUGUGAACCUGAUGCCGUCACGCAAUCUUCCCACCCAAGGCCAACAUUCGAUCCCGGUGAUGGACAUGACUAUCCCAGAAGGUGAUCGGGCAGGCCUGAUUGCCUUGAUGAAUCAUCGGCUGAACAUGCUGGAUCUCGACGAGGGUUUGAACUUCGGGGCAUAUAGCCGCGGAAUCAAGCCCAGUGUAGUUGUUGAUCUUGUGGCUCUGCGGGACGGACGCAGAAAGGCCCGGUGGUUAACAGCCGAUGUAUUGCAGAAAGAGAUCAAAGCAUUGCCCAAGACAGUCGACGAAACCCAUCUGAUGCUCUUCCGAGAGAACUAUGUCUGGGAAACGUAUUGCCCACUGACAGAAACGCCCAAUGAGAUGAACUUCUCUCUGGGACAUAAAAGUCCCUGCAGGACAUUCACACUGUUUAUUCGACUGGAUAUAAAGAUAGGGGACUUGCUCACAGAUGACGAUGCCGAGAAGGGCACGGUCCGAAUUGUCGAAUGGGCAAUGCUGGAGGCACCACCGAAAGCAAUUCACUACUAUAGCAAUCUGCCUUAUGGUUGGAUUCCACAGAAUGAUCUUGAACUAGUGCAACUGUUCAUGCAGACUUGGCGAGAGGACUGGUUGAUGAUCUGCCGAGAGGCCAGGAGGUAUCUCGGACGACUGCGCACGCAUCAGUUGUCUGCGCGGGGAAAAGAUGAUCGACUCAUUGAUUCCAUAGCCAAGCACAUGCAGCGAUGGACUCACGUUCAGGGAUUGCUGGCGGAGCAGCUAAGCCAAGUCCGAGACUUUGUCACCCAGUAUCAGCGGUUCAGCGAGACGCGCAAAUUCACCGAGCAGAUGCAGGAUAUGAUCUCCGAGCUCGAACGGGAUAUAUCAGGACAGAUCGAUAAGCUGGAGCAGACGGUCCGCGACCUGCUUCAGAUUGAAUUUGCAUGGGUGUCGAUUAACGAAGCACAUCGAUCGACUAGUUUGGCAACUAGUAUGAAACGACUUAGUUGGAUCACGGUAGGAUGUCAUCUGCAGAGGACCUAUAUAGCACUGACGAGCUGUAUCUUCGCAGUUUAUCUUUCUUCCUUUGACUUUCGCCUCUAGCUUAUUCGGUAUGAAUGUGGAUAUCCUGGAAGAUAACCCAUCCUGGCGUUGGUACCCUCUUAUUGGGGGCAUGCUACUGCUCCUGUCUGUCGCCAGCUGGGUGUUUUUCAAGUUCAUCAAUGUGGAACAAUGGUUGGAGCGUAGAGUCG